AUGGCGAGCAGUCUCGCAAACAGAGCAGCUUCAAUGGAGAGAACGGCUAGCUUCUUUCGGCUCUCCUUCAGAUUUCUUAGAAAUUUCAGCGAUUCCACCACUACUCCUGCAACUUCGCCGGCGGUUGGGGAAGCCAAGAAGCCCAAGAGGAAGAAGAAGAAAAACCUAUUCGAGGUGGCUCAGUUUCUACCCAAUUGGGGCAUCGGAUACUUCAUGGCCAAGACUCACUGGAUCGGCGUAUCCUAUCAGAUCACCAAGAUUAAUCUCUAUAAGGAUGGUAGACACGGGAAGGCUUGGGGACUUGUUCAUAAGGAUGACAAGAAUCCUCCUUCUGGUAAGAGUCCCACAUAUGAAGGUUAUGCUUGUCAUGGGCAUAUGGAGCACAUUGCAUGA